AUGCCUACUACACGUCAUAAACAAGGUGGAAAUGAUACAGAAUGUCGUAAAACCGGUUGUUGUGGAUCUUGUUGUGGUGGCGGUGGUGGUGGUGGUGGUGGUUGUACAGCAAAAUCAUCGCAUACAAAGGCCAACGGAAGAAGACAAAUUCGUGAAAUUUCAUCUCCUUUACGCCCUGAGCAGUUGUCAUAUGUUCUUAGUCGGAACAAACAAUUCGAUGAACACGCUAUACCAUCAGCUUGGAUUGCACCAUUCCCAUCGAAAAAUGCAACUGAUAAAUCCUUUAAAGUGGACAGUUUUCAUGCUGAUCCCCUACAACAACGUAUCAGUCCCAGUCUGAUACCAACAGUUCCAACAAAUGUACAGUCGUCUGCACCGGCGUCUUUUUUAGACGAUCGACAAGAUGAGAAAGAAGACAGACAGCGUCAACAAUGGCAGCACAGACUUCAUGAUGAUCAAAGUCGAACGUCGUUGGUGUGUAGUCUGUCAGCGGAGUUGGCCAGUGUUGGUAGACAUCGAUUUCGAUUGACGUAUAUCACGGAUCGUUUAUUAGUUGUUAGCUAUCCACCGAAUGCCACGAAAACUGAUCACAAUGAAGGAGCAAGAUGGUUGUGCAAAGCAUUUGAAAAACGUUAUGGUGAUAACUAUAGGAUAUUCAACUUGUCGGGUUUCACGAAAGAGCUGCACUUUUCUAGUAGAACUCCUGUUAUUGAUCUGUUCUGGGGUGGAUCACUUGCACCUGCAUUAGAACAACUUGUAACAGCUAUUGAUCAGUUGGAUUUUUGGUUGCAUAAUCAUGAUGUUGGCGGGUCAACAACAACAACAAGUGAUGGAAAGCGGACAAAAGAAGCCUCAACUGUAAAUAAUCGUGUAGCUGUGCUACACUGUACAGGACCUAAAAGUCUAUUGGCCACCUAUUUAGCUGUAUAUAUAUGCCAGUCGAAGGCUAGAUUUGGUCCGUUAUGUGGACAAAGACCAGGUUCACCAACAGCACGUGGUCUACAAUGGAAUGAAAAUAGAUUUCGAAGAUUUAAAAAUGAACUUGUUUUAGGCCAUACUAUACUGAAGAAAUUCUAUGAAGAUAAUUUAGCCAGGGAACUGAAUCCAUCACAGAAAAGAUAUGUUGGAUAUUUUUCUGGUUUACUAACUGGAGCCUUGAUACUGCAAGAUCGUCUAGUCUAUCUGCACGCCAUUGUUUAUCGUGAUUCCUCCCGUGGACGAUAUUUGGGUCAACCACUUGAAGCAAUUGCAGAGAAUAAUGAAAACUCGUUAUACGCACAACCAGAAGAUAUACUAGCUCGAAUGCAACAUGCCACUGACAUUAGCCGUGGGAACUACUUACCAGACAAUCAGGAGGAGGAUAUAUUUGUCGAAGAAGAGGAUUGGACAGGUAGAUGGGAUCAAGUAUUUUCACCUCCAGAGGGAACAGCAACAGCUGGUUUUCUUACUCCAGCUGUCAGACAACACACCGGAGGUUAUCAACAGCAGCAACCUACAGUUGGACAAAUCUCAGCGUUUGGACCGUUUCAAACAUUUGUUGACAGUGAAUGUGGUCUAUUCUUGAAAAUAUAUCAAAAUUUAAAUCUAAUGCAUACAACAAGAGUUCUCUGUCCAAAUGUAAAUCUUCGAGUGGAAAGGUAUAUCUUCCCGAUUGAACCAGUUCUACCUUUGCAUGGCGAUGUUCUUAUCGCUUGUUACAUACAACCUAAUUUCUCCGCACAAUUUCAAGAAUUGCUAUUUCGUGCUCAAUUUCACACAUGUGCUGUUGAUGCUGAAAAAUUGUGCUUUUUCAAAGCUGACUUAGAUGAAGCCUGUGAAAAAGCCUUAUUCCCAUCGACUGGUUGUGUAGAGCUGUACUUUACAUCACAUCGGGAACUACUCACAGAGCAUACGGAUAAUAUUGAACGUGGUUGUUAUAUUUGGACAACAGCAGAAAGAGAAUCAAGCAUCCUCAUAGAUCAUCAUCAGCAUCAACGUCAACGUCAUCCUCGACAACACCGUCAACACCAACAACAGUUUGAAGUGUUACAUGUAGGCGAUAAGCGAUUUCAUCUGCAUGAUGAAGAAGAAUUGGAUAUUACUGUGCCACUUACGUCUCCCCUUGCUCCUGGUGCUGCCGCUCCUCCUCUUACUACUACUACUAUUGCUACACAAUUUCAGGAAUAUUAUAAUGGAAUACAGCAUAGAUAUAAAAAAGAUUUAUCAACAACACAAUUACCUCAUCCUUCUAUUUUUUUGUCCUCUUCUUCUGCACCUGAUGGUGCAUCAUCACGACAAGCGCUGCGUAUAUUGAUUACAACUCAAGAACAGUUAAUUAGUGUAGCAAGUGGAUUAUUUACAGGACAUAUACACGAUACACAACCGUCAAUGUGGCCUUCAAAUCAUACACAAGAAAUUUCAGAUUCAUCGAGACCACCUCGAUCGACAUUAAUGCGACAAAUCUCCGAUCCACUAAGUCAUCCAGUGAUACGUGGUCGAAGUUCACAAAGUUCAAGUCAAUGGGUCAAUGUACAAGACGCCUCACCACAUGCAGCAACAAAUCAAAUACCAUUAUAUCAACAAGCUUUACUUAGUCCACGUGUACAAGUAGUACCACAGAAAAGUUCAAUGCAAUCAGAAUAUCCGAAUACACUAACCGACCAACAGCAGCAGCAACAACAACAACAGCAAUCUCAGUUGGCAACGAAUCAGUCGGCUGGACAAGUUACUGUGAAUCGAACAAAUUUAGCACAGUUGCAAAGUUUAUAUCAACAACUUUUACAACAACAUCAACAGUUAUUACAACAACAGCAGCAACAACAACAACAGCAACAGAGACAGCAUCAACCAAAUUUAGAUUAUCCAGCUGGUCAACUGACGGAUAGUAAUCUUUAUGCAACAGUCCAACGUCCACCGACUACUAUACCCAGUUCAUUGGUCGCAGGUUUACAACGUGUCAUCUUACAACAACAACAGCAACAACAACAGCAACUCCACAUUCCUCAAACACAACCGUCAAUGUUACCCGGCGUUGUAUAUCCACAGCUUUCAACCAUCCAACCUCAACCGCUGACAACACUAAGUCUUUCUGGUCUAUCAUCAACAUCAGCGUUCAGUAAUCUUGCAAGAGCUUUACUCCCCACAUCAGUUGCUUAUAAUGCUAGUGGUGAUCCCUUGACUGGAUUAUCUGGUGCUCCACUGUUAACAGCUCCCCCCAGCCUUAUGCCAAGUUCUAGUCUACUACCUGGUCUUCGACCACCGCUAUUUGCUCAACCACAGCAACAGCAACAACAGCCACCAGUACACUUGCAACAGAAUCUUCCCAUCCCACCGACGGAUCAUUCUUAUCUAGCUCAACAGACAAGAUUAGGCGGUCCUACAAAUGCUGGAUUAGUUGGUGAUUUAACACAACCAGAAAUGUUGAACGAUCCAGCAUGGAAUGCUGAACAACGACGUAGAAUCGAUUUGCAAAGAACACGUUUCUUGUUGAAUGAACAAGAAAGAAAAUUAUUUGAAGAGCUAAAAAAUAUACGAAAUCGUCGUGCUGGUCUUUCAAGAUUAGAACAAUUGGGACGUCUUGGCGCCAGUACAUCUUCUAAUGUUACACCGUUAGAAAGUUAUCGUCGUGCAACUGGACGAAUAUCAACAAGUGAAGACGCCAGAUUCCGAAGUCGUAAUCGACCGUUGUAUGCGAUAGGCAGAUCAGGAUCAGCUGAUGCUGCAAGAGUACCACUUGGAAGUGGUGGUUACUAUGGCUACGGUGAUGCCUAUGGAUCUGAUCUUGAUGAAGAUUCAGCCUUGUUGGCUAUUCUAGAGCAAAGAUUAUCUAGAAAACCACCAGAGAGUAGAAGGAUCUAUUCAGAUUCUGAAAUGGGAUUACAAGAAGCUGGUGAUAUUCCCCUACGGAUAGUUGGACAACAACAACGUUCCGGUCAUGUGGUUGAUGGAUCUAGUCAAGCUUUUGCUGGUUCAUUGUUACCAGGCGAACAAAAUGAAGACAUGGAUUUAUUCUCACGACGACCAAGAAUACAAGUUGUACGUUCUCCUGUCGAAGCUUCUGGACGUCUCCCAACAUUUGGUGCGUCAUCAUCGUCAACAACUCGAGGAAGAACAUUUUCUGGAUCUCCUGUAAUUCAUCCAAGCCAAGGGCAAGCAUAUCCUAAGUCAAAACCGCCGUAUACAUCUCCUACAAAAAGAUCACAUUUCUGGGGACAUUCAAGUUACGAUGAACAAUGGUCAAGGCCACCAGUCGCAGAUGGACCUACAAUAGAUCGAUCCUCCUGUACAAGUCCAGUUCAAACACAUUCCGGCCGGCUACUUCGAUCUCCAGUUAGUCCUCCGCCAAGAGGAUAUAUUCGACGACCAUCAGAACUGCUUGAUGUUGGUAGUCAAUCCGAUACAGGAAUCAUAGGCGGUUUUGGUUCACGAGUGUACCCUGGUACUUCAUAUCCUGCUCAUGAUUAUCCUAAUCGGCGACAGUAUAGAGGAGCUCGAGGAAAAACUGCCGUCAGUGCAAAAAGAGGACAAGCUUCACAAAUGCCUUUAUAUCGAAGUCCAGAAGUAAAUAAAUCGCACAGGCAGAAACAUCCAGUUUCCACAGGAUUGGAACAUGUGCCAGACAAUGUCUUUAUGGUGUUAAGUAAAAUAUCCGCCUCCGCGCAUAUUUGGUACCGUCCUGAGAUGUCACGUAAUGAUGCAAUGGAUCUAGUCAGAGCUGAAGCACCAGGAACAUUUGUAGUACGGAAUAGUGGUAGCUUUCCACACUCAUUUGGAUUGGUUGUCAAAGUCGACCGACAUCACACGCAUGGUACAGAAGACGAAUCCGAUUCCAUACGUCAUUAUCUAAUCGAAGGCUUACAGUCAACAGCUAGUGGAUUACAUCAUGCAGUCGGUGUAUCUGGAGUAAUCCUACCUCCAUCGAAUAUUCCUAUGGACCAAUCGGCUUUAAGUGUUACACAUGAAGCCGUUAGACUUCGAGGAUCUUCAAAUGAACCAGUAUUUACCAAUCUAGUCAGCUUAUUAUAUGAGCAUAUAAUUCAACCAUUGGCUUUACCAUGCGUAUUGCGAUUGCCUUUCAAAUCCCCUGCUCCAAUCAAUAGUCUUCCUUCAUUGAUAACCUUGACAAAAAAUAUGGAUCGUAUAUCUCCGGUUCAAGUUGCCCCCAAGUAUACAUCACAAGUUGGAGCUUAUCAUCCUGCCCGAGAUAGUCCUCAUGGUGGUGUACUACUUCGACAUCCAUCAGACCCAUUACCUGCUGACUCAGGAUCUUAUGAAAUGGAGUCAUAUUAUCCACCACCACCACACCACCAUCAUCAGCAACAACAACAACAACCAGGUAUGCCUCCAUUACCGUCUAGUAUGCACCACUCAGCUAGACAAGAUGGUCUUCUAAUUGUCCCACCAUCUGGGAGUAGUUCAAAAGUACGACAAAGUAGAUCUCCACCUGCUGUAUAUGAAGGUGAAAUGGGACCGAUUCUACCACCUGAUACAGGAAAAACAUUCACCUCCAUUUACUUGGGAAGUAUUGACACGGAAAAUCUGACGGGAUCAUCAGCGAUACGAAAAGCAGUCGACGUCCUACUGGAAAAUGCAGCUCAGGUCAAGCAAACAGAAGUAACCAUUCGUGUUUCACACGAAGGAUUAACAGUUACAGACAACUGGAGAAAAUUAUUUUUUCGGCGCAACUAUCCAUUUCAUUCAGUUUCAUUUUGUGCUAUUGAUCCAUGUCAAAGAUGUUGGGAAUCACCAGAACUCAGAUCAAUGGGUUUCAAAUCUUCACUCAUCUUCGGUUUCGUUGCUAGGAAACAGAAUACACGUGAGAAUAUGUGUCAUGUUCUGUGUGAUACACCAGAAUAUAAUGCAAACAUUAUUACAGAUUACAUUAUGCAUCGAUUAAAUGAAUAUUAAUGAUUUCCUUUUCUGUGCAAUCUCAAUACUGAUGUUAUGUUUUAACCCCAACCGUCACCUAUUAUUCCUGUUGCUCGACAUCUAUCUAGAACUCCUCGAUAAAGCAUUCCUCGCAUACACUGUCUUCGAUACUUAUAAUGGUGAAAGCUAUCCCCCAUAAAUCAAAUCUAUCCAACAUGUACACAAUAAUCGUCAGAUCUUUUGUUUUUGUGUUCCAAUCUGAAUAAAGUCAAGUUAAUACUUAACAAGAGAAUCAACCAUCUUAUCAGUAGUACACAGCAUUACAGUUCAUCGCUGUUCAACAGUUAUACACAAAGAAGGAGUUUGUUUUCUGUACAACUUUUACAGUCUUCCAGUGUUCCAACUCUCUUUAUCGGCAACGAAAUAUUUGUAAGAAAACGAAUCAAGUUACACUGAUCAGUCAGUCUCCUUCUCCCUGUCUCUCUUAUAAAUAUGAUAUCUCUAGUAUAUUAUGAUU